GUCCGUAGUCCGAGUGUCCGACACGCCGACUGCCCAACCCGAGCCUACCCGCGCCACCGCGAGAGUUUUCCCGCGGAAUCCGCGACGCGCUGCCAACGCACCUUCGCCCGUCGAGAGUUCCUCUAGCGCCGUUUGACCGUUAGUGCCGUUGGACCCCUCUCACGCAAAGUCUCGGAUAGCUUUUAUCUGAUUAUUGACUUUCCGUUUUGAAAAGUGGUGAACUUUAUCUGGAGUAGUUGUAAUUUUGAACUUCAGUGAAAUUGCCGGUGCUGAUAGAGUGUAUACAUUUUUACACACUUCUCCCGUGAGUUAACCGGGUGUGUUUUUUUUUGGUGGAGCUGACGGGCCGGCGUUUCGAGUGAUUUUGUCGCGAUUAACGAGUUAGAAAGUUUAACAAAUUAUGCUCGCCGACGAAACAAGGAAGACCUCCGGACCGGGAGGAAAAAUACGGGCAGCUCGUGAUUAACAUCCCUCUUUAAAACACAAAGCCCACCUGGAGGAAAUAUUACCCCCGUAAUAUUAUAUAAUCAAGAUAAAAGUCCGCGACUUAUCCUCAGUUUAAUCAUGUUUUUGGCGCAAUACGCUCCCGCGCUUGGGAACCUCUUCAUCCCGGCGAAAUUAAGCCUCUUGAGGGACUCCCACCCUCAUUUUUAAUUCCCUCUAUCCUCCGUUGGGCUCGAGAAUGGGCACGCAGCAACCGAGGCCGAGGAACCUCUCCAUCACAAUCAGCUCGGAUCUCGUCGCCGAAAGUUCGGGAAUAAGUUUUCGGGGUAGCUCCGUCUGGCAGAGCUAAUUUGCUGCAAUAAUAAAGCGCCUUCAUGGAAGCCUCGAACGAGCAGAAAAAUGUAGAUUUUCGAACUUGAUCCGUCUGCGUUUUCGGAAAAACUACGAAUAAAAUGAAGAAUUUCCGUACUACGAUCGAACAUCCGUCUCGAUAGACGAGGUGUGGAAAAUUACAGAAUUUAAGGUAUGCAAACGAGCAUUUGUCUGAGUGAUUUAUUAUGGAUAUUAUCGAAUUAACAGGGAAACUUUGAAAACAGUUCGGGUUGCAUUUGAUAUAGCUCAACUUGCAUUAGAAUUAUUUUCGCAUGCAGCUUACUGCUGUUCUUUACAUAUUGUAACUUUAACUACGUUUAAAGUUCAAAAUGAUGAUUUGAAUCAAAGAUCGUCGAAAUUUACAUUCUGAAAAUCAUUCGAAUUAUACCUGCAAAUAAAUUUUGUGCAUGGAUGCAGAGUGAACUUAUUCACAACGUCUAAAUCAUAAAAGUAGUCGCAAAAUGCGGAGAGUAUAGUUUCAACCAAGAAUCUCAUAAAAUAUGCAUCUAUUGAAUGAUUUUUGGUCGCCGUUACGAUUUAAAACUCAGUCCAAGCAGCAACAAUGAAACGGGAGUACGCCAGUUUGAAAAGGGGUUAAAUCUUACGAAUCGAAAUAAGGUCUAGAAAACCGGUUUCGCGGUGCGUAAAACCAAACUAGGCGUUGAAUAUUGUCGAAUUAAAAUCCGAAAAUCGAACCGACGACGACGAUCAUCGAAAACCGGCGGUGAAGUGCGCGGAAUCGAAGCAAACCGGUUUCGGGGUGCGAAAAAUCCUACGAGUUCAACGAUGACAAAUUAAAAUUCGGUAUUGCGGGAAAGCGAUAUUCCGACAACGCUCCAUAGGAAACCGGUUGUGAAAAGCUAGAAGUGCGAUGGAACCGGAGUGGAACGCAUCCUUGACCGGUCCAGGUCUAGGGCUGGGGGCGAGCCCCAUCCGGGGUCUGAUGAUGGAUGUGAACCUGACGCAGAAAGAGGUCAUGGACGAGAUCAUCGCCGGCUUCUCCGAGGAGCAGUUCCGACUCCGCGAGCCUCGCUUCAUCCUCCUUGUCGCCUGCUACGCCCCCCUCUUCAUCGUGGCCAUCACCGCCAAUACCGUCGUCAUCGCCGUCUUCUUCAAGUUCCACUACAUGCGAAGCAUCACGAAUUACUUCCUGGUGAACCUUUCAAUAGCGGAUCUUCUUGUGACGUUCAUAUGCAUGCCAGCGGCUGUUAGUCAGUCUAUUACCGGACUCUGGAUCUACGGCGAGUCCAUAUGCAAGCUCACAUCAUACUUCCAAUGUGUGUCGGUAGCUGCGAGCGUUUUCACAAUUACAGCCAUGAGUAUAGAUCGGUAUCUUCUUAUCAAAAAUUCAAUGGCUUUUCGAAGAGUUUUUAAUAGAAAAUCCACUGUUUAUAUAAUCGCCAUUCUGUGGGUAGUGGCGUUAGUGAUCUUCAUGCCGAUUCUGUGGGUGCGGCGACUGAAGUCCAUCGACGCGGAAGGGAACCCGGAAGUAGAGGCAGCUUUUCGGAAGCAUGGCCUCGUCUGGUGCAUAGAGGAUUGGGGACAGAGAAAAAACUCUGAGUACAACUCCAAACACAUUUAUG